AUGCUGACCUCACGCUUUAUCGGCGAUGUGGACCCCCCUCAAGACGCCGACUGUCGCCCUCGGCGUUCAGCAUUCCGCAAGCCAGGUGGUAACACAGGCGGCACACAAAGACACCGCCAAGACCAAUCUCUUGGAAGACAGCAGGGGGGCACUCGACUCUUCAACACGCCUCGGAGCCCGGAGGCGCUAUCAACCCUGACCAUUCUCUCGUCGAGGUUGCAGACCGGGACGACGGACCCUGGCGCGGAGGAACUGUUCACUGUUGGCGUGACGCCAGUUAUCACUGACCCUGUCAACGGCGAGGUCACGCUUCCUGAGCAGGUCGUGAGCGUCAAUGGAGACCAAGUGGCUUAUGUAUCGGUUCCCCUUACGAGCGAUCAGCUCAACGCCGACAACACCGCUCUCUGCGACGACCAGGAUGGUACGAACGCCAACAAUGAAGUAGUUUCGGAGACCGACCUUGCCUUCGAAGGACUACGGCCUUCCGGCGAGCUCGGAGGGAUGCUGGGUGACACCGCUCGCUACGUCAUUGGCGACGACGGCAAGCCCGUUACCAGCGGUAUGGAGGCGCUGCACGGCCCGGUGGAUACAUACCGCGUGUCUGGCCCCUUCGGUGUCGACUUUUAACAGAUGCACGGUGGUGCUGUGGAGCAAGAGACCGUCUUUGCGUGAUCACGGCGUAUGCGUGCUGUUGACAAGCUUGCUUGUUGAGGAGGCAUAAGGAAUUGGCAUUCACUGCGCGUGAGCUCAAAGCAUCACAUGUUUUUGCAUCUGAAAAGAUUUCGUGUGGAGAACGACGUAUCAUUCUUCGUUGUUUGCAUACAGAUCUGAAUGGAGAACAGGGAGCUGUGUCAUCCUGCUGACGGAGUAUCAUGCAAGUGUUGGGUUAACUAUCGGGGGGAGUUGUAUCAUGGUACGGACACAAGCUCCACACUUUUUAGAGGGUUCAACAGUACGGUCACAUCUGAGCGAGAGCAGGUUACUACUGUAGAGAAACCAGAGUCUACUAUCGUUUACAGGCGCUCGCAAACAAGAACUUGCCUAUUGUAGGCGUUUCUCCAUGAGUUGCCGCCGCUCUUAGACGGAAAUGAUCACAUGUCGUAUCUGAACCACUUGUUGAAGUACAGUAUGUAGCGAGUCAGCCUUCUCAUUUUCGGUCUCGGACGAAGCCGCUGCGCAUCCAGAUGUACCGCAUCCGGGGUGAAAAAGUGUAGGUAGCGGGGUGGUGUGGAGAAGACGUACUCUGUACUUGAGGCUGUUCUUUCCGGAUUUUUCGUUUUUUCAGCAGGACUUUCAAGAGGGGUGGGCACAGCCAGGGGAGACCCGGCUUUGAAAAUUGUAUCGAUUCAGAUGUUGUCAACGAGGCAAACGGUCGGCGGUCUGUUUCUGGGGUGAUGAAAAUAGUGAUGCUCCCUAUCUACAUAGUGCAUGUGUGAUCUCUUUGGUAAUGUUGUACGUUGACAGAUGAGAUCCCUAGGGAUGGAGCGAGCUCUUUUGAAGGGUAAGGGCCUCGUGGUC